AUGAGUGGUGUUUAUAGUGGAUUACAAGCACGUAUCAAACACACUCAGCCACUUGCAUUAUACGUACAUUGCGCCGCUCACAAUUUAAAUCUUGUAAUUAAUGACUCGGUUAAAAAUAUUACUGAAAUUCAAAAUUUUUAUGAAAAACUUGAAUGCCUUUAUUCAUAUUUUGCAAAUAGUAUUAAAAGGUGGGCACACUUAAAAUCAGUGAGUUCUGUGUCUAUUUCACUCAAACGACUAUGUACUACUCGAUGGUCUUCACGAAAUGAUUGUUUAAAAGCGCUUAGUUUGCUUUACGUAGAUAUUUUAAAACUUUUAGCAUAUAUUUCACUUAUGGGUAGAAAUAAAGAUGAAAAAGGUAAAGCGUCAGGUCUUCAAAACUAUUUUCAAAAGUUUGAUGUAAUUUUAAUAAUUGUCAUCGAAUCAAAAAUUCUCAACUCAUUACAAAUUGUGUCACUAUUGCUACAAAAAUCGGAUAUAGACUUACUUAAAGCUUUUGAACUGCUUCAAACAGCCUUAAAUAAAAUAAAAGAAAUGCGUGAUAAAUUUGAAGAAGUGUUCGAGGAAGCUAAACAAAUAGCAAUUUUGUGGGGAGUCGAGCCAACGUUCACUAAAAUAAGAAAAACAAAAACAACUAAAUAUUUUGAUGAAUUAAGUAACGAUGAACGUCUCCAUGAUGCUGAACAAUAUUUUAAAACACAAAUUUACUAUCGUACUCUGGACAUAAUUAUCAAACAACUCGAACACCGUUUUAAUGGUAUGAACCAAGUAAUAAAACGUUUUUCUUCAAUAUUACCAAUUAAUAUAUGUUCAAUGAAUGAAAAUGAACUUAAACAUUUAACUACUUCUUUGGUAAACAAUUAUGAAAAUGAUUUAACAAUAGAUUUAGUCAACCAAAUUAUUCAAUUUAAACGUUCCGGCAAGUUUUCCAGAUUUAUGUACAGCUUGUUUUCUUUUUUUGACAAUACCAGUGACGGUGGCGAACGCAGAAAGAAGUUUUACUAA